AUGCACCUAUCAUCUGAGCCGGUACCUCAAUAUCCGAGAUUAAUAUCUCGCCCUUUCAAACAGUCUCCUAGCAUGAAGUUUAACAUGCCUGACCCUCCCUCCUCCAGGUACCUGCAGGACAUCGCCCGGGACCAACUCCCCCCGCCUUCGUUACAUAGAAGCAGACAUGGGUCUAUCCAGGACCCCGCCCAGGAUUAUACACUCCCUCACCCGUCCAACAGGCGAGGACGAAGGGAAUAUGUUCAAGAUAACGCCUAUGAUAAAUCACCCUCUACAUCAUCAGUUAAUCGAGGUCGCAAAGGAUCUUCAGCUGUUCAUACUAUCGAUCACAAUACUACACCCCUUCCUACAUCAGUCAAGCGUGGUCACAAAGGUCCUGUCCAAGAUAUCUCCCAAGACAGAAUAUCCUCGCCAUCAUCCGUCAAGCGAGGUCGAAAGGGAUCCAAUCAAGAUAUUGCCCAAGAACAAAGAACAUCUCCUACAAUGACGAAGCAAACUCGAAAAGGUGAGUAUAUACAGCCUCCAAUACAAGAAUUUAUAAUUGAUUUUUUCUCAGUAGCCCAAGACCUUUCUAAGGAGUCACUCCCCUUGCCACUCCCGGCCAAAAAAGGACGAAAUGGAUUUAUGAAGUUUCUCUCUAAAGCGGUCCCAUGCACUUCAGCAAAAAGCGUGGUGGAGGAGCCCAGUGUUAUCUGCAGCCAAGAAGUGAAAAGUGUCAGUUCUUCCCCCCCAUCGCAGAGCGAGGUAGCCCUGUCCCGCAAUAAGUUUUCGACGGAUUCGAUCCCCACUCGAGGAUCUUUCAGCAUAUCCGCCAGGGAGUCCUUGCUACCCCAGUUCUCGCCCGAGUUCAAUCUUAUGCCGGGGUCUUCCAGGGCAGGACAUCGCUGGCCCUCCUUCAUGGAGAUAGAAACGCCAGUAUUGGAGGCAGGCGCCUCUCCCAGGAACAUCGUACCCUCGCCCAGUUCAUCAUUGUCGGCAGGGAGGAGAUCGAUCCACGCCAUUGUGGAGGACGCCGACAGCGAACCUGUUCAAAUAGAACCCUCAAGCGGUAACACAAUCACCACUGAAGUACCUGCGGAUCGCCAGUCUGACCACGCCACCAACACGUCCUCUGACGAAGAGCCCCCCGCCCCGACCAGGAUGUCUUGGGCCGAUAUCCUUGCCGCAAUGAGGGAUAAUGCCGAGGAAGAUGCAUCGUCUGUUCCCAUCAAUGAUUUGGAAGAGUUCUUAUCGGCGUUUGGAUUGAAGGUUUCUAAGAAAGAGCCAGCGGUGGAGGAGAUGUCCCUUUUUCAGCUUAACAAAGUCGUAACGGACCAUGAAGAAAGGGACGCGCAAACAAUUAUGGAUUGGCUAGUUAUUCAUCCGGAGGCGACCGGUUUCAUGUCCUCUUACCCAGCUUUAACACGACUGGUGGAGGUGGACGCAGACACCAACGAAAUAGUUAACACCACUUCUUUCGUGAACAUCACAGCGGACCUGGAGGGGGAGGGCAUGGGCCAAACUGUUGGCUCCAUGGACUCCUUGCCCUCUGUUUAUUCCCAACAGACAUCGCCAACCCACAGCGUUGAGAACGUCCCUCAACUCAUAUUUACGCUCCCAACGGAGACCGACCUCGCCCUCGAUCCCGUCAUGGAAGAAGAGACUGUUCCGGCCCCGGAACUUCUAAAUGUCGCAUGGACGCCUACUCCCAUGCAAAGGCGCCGAGUAUACUCGGUAACUCCUCCUAAGCGCCGAAUCUCCAGGCUUCGCAAGGUGGCUUCGGCGCCUGACCUCCAGCUCGUUGCUGCGGGGUCUAGCUUUGACGACAGCGACGACGAGGAUACCGUUCCCUCAUCCCGUGAGGUGUCUGGUGUUUCCUCUACCGUAUGGACGUCAUUCUCUAUUGACUCUUCAGUGGAUGCAAAUGAUUCCUUCAGCAUGACAGUUGUGUCAGAGGAAGAGCGUAGGAAGUCUAAUCCUGAUGUUGGAGAGAACAUGUUGGUGGCAAACUUGCUGCCAGACUCUUCUCUUGGCUCCUUCUCGUCCAAUCGUGGACGUGUUUCUAUCAUCGAUGCUGGGACUGCCACCACCGACCCCUUGACCGCCUCUCUGUGUGUUACCGACGUCAUUGCCCGCGUUUCCGCUGAGGACGACGGCGUAUCUGUCUCCGGCUUCGUUUCUGCUCCUUCCACGCCCGCACCUGACACUCACACUUUUGAAUCCACUGGCAACAAGGCUGUGGAGGCUUCAUCUGGCGAAACUCAGGUCCGUUCACGCCCUGUUGGUAUCUACGGUGGCCCUCUCAACAUGGCCAGCCUUCGUUCGCAGAUGAACAAGGUCGAGGAGAUCAUCAUCGCCAAUGCCAGCAACCGUGCGAGCAUGUCUGCUCCCAGCACACCUCAGGUUCAAAGCCCAGGUUCUCCUAAGCGCGAUUCCCAGGGUGCAACGCCUAAGCGCCGAGGAAGCAUGGGUUACAAACCACGGGCCAUCACCGGCAUCAGACCUUUGAUGCUUCCCAUGCGGGUGGCACUGCGAGAUUUCGACGAUAACGGCAACAGGACUGUGACACAUCCUCCUGGCACUGUCUCUCCCGAGGACUCCCCCCGGAACAUUGUUCCCUUCUAG